CGAUGUCGCAAUUAGAUUCUUGUGCGAACUCUACACAUAUCACCGCACUGGACAUGUCAACACCAAAAUACAUAGAUGUGGCGACCUACAACCGUCUUCAAGAUUUUAAGUUAAAUUACGCGCAUGUUCACGGGUAUCUCAGCACAGCUGUGUGCGUGGUUGGUAUUUUAGCGAACAUCGCUAAUGUUGUGGUGCUCAAUAAAAAGCACAUGCGAACGUCUACAAACAUAAUUUUGAUGUGGCUGGCCGUUGCGGAUCUGUGUACGAUGGCUGAGUACGUUACGUUUGCACUUCAAUUUUACGUUUUCAAAGAGGAUGGAAUGCCGUCAAUAUUUCACACUAGGACGUAUGGAUGGAUGUGUUAUCUGCUGUUUCACGCAAAUUUCAGUUUAAGUAUGCAUUCUAUAUCAAUCUGGCUCACGAUAAUGCUUGCCACGUUUCGGUUUAUUUACAUUUUCCUAUAUUCACGAGCAAAUAAGUAUUGCAGUACAAGGCACGCGAAAAUGGUAAUCUUUAUAAUAUACAUCAGUGCUGUGUUAUUGUGUAUACCAAACUAUAUUUCUAAUUACUGGGAACUCACUAAUGUUACAAACACCGUAACUGGAGAAAACGAGACCGUGUUUACGUUUUCUCAACGUAAAUACGGGCUUUAUAUACACAUAUUCGAUAUGAAUUACUGGAUUCAGUCAAUGUUAAUCAAGCUUGUCCCAUGUGUGCUUCUGACAAUUCUAACAAUAAUGCUGAUUCUAGGUCUACGGAAGGCGCAUCAUAACCACGUUCAGCUUAAAUCACAAGGAAUGCGUAAUGAUGAUGUAGAGAAGCAUCACGAACACUACCGCACGACGGGCAUGCUCUUGGCAGUUGUAAUUCUAUUUUUGAUAGUUGAGCUGCCCCAAGGAAUAAUGACGUUGCUGAUGAUCUUCAUGCCGGAGCUGUAUAAUGAAGUGUAUAAUCCUCUUGGGGAUAUCUUUGAUAUUGUUGCAUUGUUGAAUAACGCUGUCAAUUUUGUUUUGUAUUGUUCGAUGUCAAAGCAAUUUAGAGAUACGUUCAUCGUAACGUUUUGUAAAUGUUUUACUUUAGACGAAGAAAGGGAAAAGUGGAGAAAUAACACUUUGAUCACACAACGCAAUGGAGCCUCCAUGCGACGGCUUUCCAAGCAGCAGGUUAACGGAUCGCUCGGUCAAAUGGUUUAGUAUGGCAAUUGGAUAUUUAAUUGGUAAUCGUGAAGAAAAUGAAUUACACUAUAUCAAUAGCUGCUACGAAAUUUCCAUUCACAUAAUGGAGAACUGUAUUAUCGGAUUCAAAUGUCAGAUAAAUACAUAUUAAUACAUGACGAUGCAUAUAUGUGCACUUGGUCACACGAUAAGUUCAGCAUAAUAGCAAAUGCUAAUACGAUAUCAAAUUGAACAUACAUAUAAACGGCAUCUUGAAAAUAACUGUCCUCAUAUAUUAGUAUGCACAUUUUUGUUCGGCCUCUUCAGCAUAACGUUUAUUAUAGAAACUUUUUAAAUGUUCCAACUCUGAUAUCGAAACACAGAUAUUAUCUGUGUAUGCACUUAUGUAUAAAACAUAAUAAACGUUUGAUUUAGGCCGAUACAACAUGUGUUAAUUUUUUGUACAUUUAUAUGCAUGUUCUUUGGUCUUAAUUUGGGGUUUAAAAUGUAUUUGCAAUGUAUGUACCAAACUCACUUUGUUGAAUUGUUGAAUUCAUGUUGACAUCAUAUUUUAACAACAUUUAUAUUGUUUGUGUCUAAUUGAUAAAUUAUCACUAUUUUUUAGUGAGUGAAAAUAACAAUGUACAUAUAUAAGUUAAUGUUUGUACAUUUAAUUUGAUUUGCACUAUUUCAUGAUAAGUGUUACUUUAGUUCGAUAAAACAUAGCACAAAAUAACGUAUUGAGUUUGUUUCAUUUACAAAUCAAAAAUACUAUUGUCACCUUUCAAUAAUCGUCGUUUCAGUGUUUACAAUCAUGCCAAUUCUAUGUAUGUGAAUUAUAUUUCGACAUAGUAAUAAUUCUAUCCUUAUGUAGUUGAUGUGCUGCUUCUGGUUGAAAUGAUGCCCAGUUUGUUCAUGUUAAAUGUACGAGGUUAUGAAAUUAUGAAAAUCAUUGAAUCUAUCCGUUCCUUUUUGUCAAUAUUCGAACAAUCAUCAUCAUUAUCUCUGAAUGUAAUUGUGUUUUUUUCAAUUUGAACAAUAAUGGUAAUUUAGUCGUUAAAAUGGCAUAUCCACUUCAUUUUCCAAUUAAAAAGACACGAAUUGAUAAUACAAACAUGAUUAUAUAGUAACAACUAGUAAUUUAUGAUUAUUUUUUAAGUUUAGCACUAAGCAAAUAAUCGAUAGACGUUGUCAGUGGGAAACGAACACGCGCCAAACAUCGUGCAUUUUGAAGAGAUUAUCCAUUAGUGAUAGUGGGCAUGCGAAUAGAGGUUAUUCAUGAACAUAACAUUUAAAUCAUCAUUAAUACUUCUACUUAUUUUCUAUCUUCCGCGACUAACAUUUCUUUAAUAUAAAAAUUAACAAAGUAUGUACUGAACAGCAAAUAGAAUAUAACAAAACGUUUGUGAGGUACUCUAAAUAUUUACACUUUUUAAUUAUGCUUUAAAACUGAAAUCAAUGAGUAUGCAUUUUAAAAUACAUGAUACCUGGAUUGGAGUCAGAAACUUUAUUUCUAGUGUCAAGUUCAUAUACAGUGCACGCAAUGUUAUACAUUAUAGCUUUUAUAUUGAGUUUAUGUGAAUAGCAUAUAAAUGGAACAACCGUUUUUGUUAAAGCAGCAAUUGUUUAUGUGAAACUGAACAAUCAUACGAUAUUUCCGUUUAACCAUAUGUAUCUAUGUCGUUUUCAUGUAUAAACAUUGUAUUUGAAAUUACUUGCAUAUAUUGUGCUGUGUUCGAUUUGUACAGAUACAGUGAAUCCGAAAAUGUGUC